GAUUGUGCAGCUGGCCGAGGGCUUGCUUCGUUUCAGCCAGCCCGACCAUCGCUCAGUCCUCACGGCGAGAUUGUCCGCCGGUAUGGUGAAUGGAGAGCAUGUCCAGGUCGUGGUGCAGGCCACGCGGCAGGCCGACGGGUCGCCAUCAGACGAGGUGAGGGUGAGCCUUAUCAAUGCGAAUGGCGAAGAGAUCGGUUCACAACGCAGCAGUAUGCGCAUGCUUGGAAAUUCUGACGAAAUUCUCAAGGAUUUCUCUGAAGAGGUGCCCCGAGAAGAGAGCUUA